GCCGUUUGGGCCGCAGUAGUACCGCGCCACAGCUUCGCCAUGGGCACUACCAUCAUCAGCUUUUCGAGAUUUAUCCUGUCGGUGUCGUUGUUCUUCUUCUUGGUGGUUGGUAGUGCUAGGACGGUGGUUCGGGGUGAAGAAGACGACGGUUCCAAAGAGGAGUUAAGGAUAUACAAGGCUGCGUUCGAGUUUCUGCGCGAAUGCGGCAAAAAGGAGUUUUCGUUGUGCUUGAAGGAACGCGCUUUGAGGUACAUUGACACACUACCAAACGAGUUGGAUGUUGGAGUGGGUGUCAAAAUCAAAUCAAAUGGUCGAGUGUCCAAAAGAAUGCAAAGAGAGGCUUUGCCGGAUGAACCGAAAGCAAGGGAAAGUGCCGUGGAGAAUAUCCUUUGGGAUCGCAUCUCCGAUUACCUUAGCACUCAUGUGAUCGAGCUGAAGAUGCCUUCUAAUACAGUUCACGAUAUGAAGAAGUCUGUGGAAGAAGGCAGAGGAAAAGGCGGCGGUGGAGGUGGUAAAAAAGGAGGGGGCGGUGGAGAAAAAAUGAAGGGCAUGAUGAUGAUGAUGAUGAUGAAAGCGGCCAUCCUCGGUGCCCUAGCCCUGAAAGCCAUCGGAUUACUCGCUUUCAAAGCACUGCUAGUAGCCAAGGUAGCCCUAACGAUAUCCUCAAUUAUCGCUCUGAAGAAGCUGCUUGAGCACAAGCAUCAUUCUUCAACGUACGAGAUUGUUGCCACUCAUCCACAUCACGAAGAAGUCGGUCACUAUGACAGAGCCUUCACUCAGGAUCAGUUGGCCUAUAAAGGCUACGAAGGAGCUGCUAGAAACAGAUUUUAAUUCAUCCAGUUAACUGGUUUAUUUAAUUUAUUUAACUUAUUUAUUUAUUGCUGUUUUCCACUGAUAUUACUUCAAUAAGAGAUGGUACUACUGAUCUAAAUAUUCUGUUUCUAGUCUUCAAGUUAAACUCAUUUAUUUUAAUAAUAGUCUAAAAACCUUCAAAACUUUUUUUUAUAAUUAAUUAAUCCCCAGUUGUAUUAGAUUUUCUGCAUUAUCAUCUGUAAAUCGAAUAAAUAGCUUUAUUAUUUGUCAGAAGCUAAAUAAGUGAUUCCCAAAGUAAACCAGUAAACCAGUAAAAAAAUGGUCUACGAGAAAAAAAUAAUUUAGGAACCCCUGCUAAAUAAAAACUAUGAGAUGUAAAAAGAAACCCAUAGUUACAAAGCUUUAGUUAAUAUCUUUGGAAACUGAAUUUAACACAAAAUUGUGUCCAUAUUAAUAAAAAUACGAUUUUAUACAUGUAUAACAAUAUUCAAAUAUAUACUUUGUCAUAAGUAUAUAUUUUUAUAGAAGAAAUAAUAUUGGUAUCCUUUUUGUAUUGUCAACCAUAAAUAAGUACAUGAAGGGUUUAGAUUAUAUUGGGUGCAAAUUAGCUGUAAAUUUUGGUGGUUUCAAAGUCUUACAACUCCACUUUGGGAGUUCUGUUAGAAUAAAAUCAAUUCAGAAUAGAUCGGGUUUAUAAAGUUAGAAAUUAAAGAAUAUGUCGCAAAAAGAUUAUACUUAAAACUGACUUUAUAAGUGAAUCUUAAUUAUUCUUAUUAAUUAUUCUCUUAAACUAGUUUUGAUCGGUAGUAUAGAUAGUAUAUAGCUUACAAAUACUUUAUAUUUACCACCUUGCCAUAUAUAGAAGUAUUUAUACUGUUCUCAUUACAAAAAAAAAUUGAUUUGAACAUUAUACAAUUAUGAAACACUCACGUACGGAGAUAUUAAUUUCCUGUGUUUCAUUCAAAUAUUAAUUAAUAACUUAUUCUUCUCAUGUGUUCUUUGUGGUCUUUUUGUCUAUAUUUUUAAUAUCCUUUAAUUAAUAUUAUUUUUAAAUUAUUUAUAUUCUUUCAUAUGCUGAAAUUUAUUAAAAAAUCUUAUAUUUUGCAUUUGAACUUCAUGGCUAGAUAAUUUAAUAUCUGAUUUCUGUAUUCUCUGUGUACCUAAGUAUUCAACAAAUAAAAAUUCUAUAAAAUUUAUUGCUACGUCUAAAAAUACUUUUAAUCAUAAUUUUUCAAACAGAUCUGCAUAAUUUUCAUAUCCUUCUUCUUCUCAAAAUAAUACACCGUUCUGAAAAUUGAGAAAAAUUUCGAAAAUUCAUGCCAAAACCUAAGAUAGUAUAUUUUGUACGCCAGACUAUAUAUCUCGACGAAAAAGGAUAUGUAUGGGUGCCAAUUUAUUAAGAUGGCGGAAAUAUAUUUCAAAGAAUAUUCCUGCAAAAGGAUAUUGCAGAUCAGGGAAAUGCAGAACGAAUUUCCUCUAUCGUGUUCUACAUAUUGAUAUUUCAUAUAUUCUAGUUGUGUAUUAUAAGAUCACUUUUUAUUUAUUAUUUCUUAUUCAUUUUAUUAUGUUUUUUAACGUACGGGUUAGUAUUUUAUUUAUAAAAUGUUUUUGAAAAUAAAAUUUGUAGGUGAAAUAUCUAUAAACUAUUUGUUGGACUUUAGAAAAUUCAUAAUAAUCUUAGUGUAAACCAAUAAAGAUAUUAAUGGUAUACUUAGGGAAGAAAAUGAGGGUAAAAUAGAAUUAUUUUAUUAGUUUUAAAAUAAUGUAUUU